AUGCCUCGUAUCAAAGCGCCCCCCCACGCCUCCACACUCUCUUUGACUGGCGUGGCUGUCACGUUCGCUUCGUACUCCCCCACCGCUCAUACCUAUUUUGACAGCAAGAACAUCGCCCAGUUGAAAGCCGAGAUUUCCAGAUGCGGCGGACAGUACAUCUCCAGCGUCGAUCUGUGCAAUCACCUCGUUGCCACUGAAGACCAAUUCAACAGACAACUUCUUCGCGUCACCGAGGCACUGCGGAACCCGAAUGUGACCAUCGUCAACUAUGACUGGCUAGCAGCAUCCCUACAGUCAACCAAACCCGUGGCUACCGAUCUUUACCUUCUCGGUACGAAGGGUGGUGGAGGCGGUGAUGUUGAUGCAGAGAGUGAUGCAGACAAUCCACUUACCCCACAAAAGUUGAAGAAGCCCUCGAAGCGUCCACGACAAGGUGACGAAGAGGAUGAUAAUGAUGAAGACCCUGUGAUAACGAAGAAGGCAAAGCCCUCUUUUCCGGCAACAGCAACGGAUGAACCUCGAAAAGAUGCCCCAGCUCCAAAGUUAGCGAAAAUCCACGUUCCUGUGGACGAGCUGUGCAACAAUGCAAAUCAGUAUCGUGUCUAUGUCGACGAUAAUGGCAUCCCCUACGACGCUACUCUUAGCAAAUCCGACUCGACUGUCAAUAAUAACAAAUUCUACAGAAUGCAGCUUCUAGUGCACUCUAACUCGGGCUUGUCUCACUGUUGGUGCCGUUGGGGCCGGGUUGGCGACAAUGGCCUGUCUAUGAUGUUUGGUGACGGGACAUUGGGAUCUGCAAUUCUUGAGUUCGAGAAGAAGUUCAAAUCGAAGAGCGGCAACAAAUGGGCAAACCGGGAUCUCCCACAGUCGUCGUCGAAAUACACUUAUAUCGAGAUCAGCUACGAGGAUUCAGAUGAUAAAGAGGUGACAAGUACCAAGCAAUCAACUCCACGGAAAGAGCUUGUGACUAAAGAGCAAAGCAGCACAGUGAGCAAACUUCCUCCAAGUGUGCAGCGCCUGAUGAGUCUCAUUUUCGACCUUCAACUCUUCAACAGCACGAUGGCCAGCCUUGACUAUGAUGCAAGCCGAAUGCCACUUGGGAAGCUGAGCAAGAAGACCCUCCUCAAGGGCUAUGAGGUGCUCAAAGACCUUGCUAAUCUCAUCGCGGAUCCGGAUACCUCAAAGCUCUUAGGGAUACCUUACGGCCAGGCCAUUCAGGAGAAAAGCAACCAGUACUUCUCUCUCGUCCCCCACGUUGUCAGUCGCAAAUCUGUUCCCGUUUUGAACGAUAUGGAUCUCAUUAAGCGCGAGAUCCAGUUGUUGGAAACACUGACAGAUAUGCAAUUGGCGAACGAAAUCAUGAAGUCUGCAACAGUCGACAAGUACAAGCAGGAGAAGCUCCACAUCCUUGACAGGCAAUACCAAGGACUUGGAAUGCGAGAGAUGACCCCUUUGGAUAGUGCCAGCGAUGAGUUUCAGGAGAUUGGCUUAUAUUUGCACUACUCAGUUGGUGGCACUCACGGCGUCAAUUAUCAAGUGCAGGAUAUAUUCCGCAUCGAGCGUGAAGGCGAAGCCGGACGACUCGACACAUCACCAUACGCAAAUCUGGGCAACAAGAGUGAUCGGCGUUUGCUUUGGCAUGGUUCCCGCUGCAGCAAUUUCGGCGGCAUUCUCAGUCAAGGCCUGCGUAUUGCACCUCCAGAAGCUCCUGCCUCGGGUUAUAUGUUUGGAAAAGGCGUCUACCUAGCCGAUAUGAGUAGCAAGAGUGCGGGCUACUGUAAUACCUACAGUAGUGGUGGCACAGGGCUGUUGCUGCUUUGUGAAGCCGAACUGGGCAAGCCGCCACUCCGUCUGAUCAAUUCCGACUAUGAAGCAGGUGACCGUGCAAAGAAAUCUGGAAGCAUUUCCACCUGGGGUAUUGGCAAAACAGCACCACAGCGCUGGAAAGAUGCCUCCUGCAUCCACACGUCUCUGAAGGGUGUUCAGAUGCCCGAUGUCGUGUCAAUGCCUCCAGGUCCGUCGAAUGAACCGAAUGCAUAUUUGCUCUACAACGAGUACAUCGUUUACGAUAUUGCUCAGAUCAAGCUCAGAUACCUUCUACGGGUUCAAAUGACUUGA